GCAACGCGUAAGCGACGCACGCGUCAGCGGAACGGAGGGGAACUGAGCCCAAAGUUUCCGGGGUUACGUUGUACGCCAGCAAACGUGUCUCGUCAGUUUGUAGCAGCCAUACGACUUCUGUCACGCAAUUGACAUCAGUUCGAACUGCCUGACUGUAAUACGCGCCGCACUGUUCUCCGCUGUGGUAUAAUACAAUCCCCCAAUAAAAUGGCACCGAAACAGAGAAUGCGCAUCGCGAACGAAAAGGCGACGAAAAAUAUUACGUUACGGGGGAACGUCCCCAAGUCAUCGAAAGCUACGGAGGAUGCGUCGCCCGUUGGUCCUUGGUUGCUAGCUCUAUUCAUAUUUGUCGUAUGUGGAUCAGCUAUCUUCCAAAUAAUCCAGAGCAUCCGAUUAGCAUAAGUUUUUACGAUGGAGCAGCAGCACUCCACGGAACACAUGCCCAAGAGACUUGUUAAGUGAAAGACUUCCACAUCUGUCCCAACUCUUUUUUGAGAAUGACUGACGUUCCGAAACAUGAACUAUACUUAAGGUAGAGUUACAGCCUAAGAUAAUCAGCAUACAAUAUAACAUCGUGUAUCUGUCCGUGGGAAACUUUCAUUGACUCUGGUUUAUGUUCCCCGUGGCAAACUCUGCAAAUGAAAUUAAUCAAUUACUCUUUACAUCUUGAUCGGAUUUUAUUUAUACAUAUUUAAAAAUAAAACUAAAAAGAAAUAAACAAAAAAAAAAACAAAACUUAGCAUUUAUAAGCGUUUAAAUAUAACUGUUGAAUAAUUAUUAAUUAAAUAAUUAGACAAUUGUAAUGCUAUUCACUGCAUCAAUGAAUGGAGCAGAGGGAACAGCGAUCAAGGCUAGCGUCAAAUGUAAAUGUGAAUAAUAUAUGUCAGGUUAUAAGAAUACUGCAUUAUUUUUUGGUUUUAUAGACUUUUUUCUUAAUUUUUCUUAAUUUUUCAUGAUUGUAUUCACUGAUGUCUGAAGCACCCUCAAGUGGUUAGGAUAUUGGUCUAGCGCUUGAUUUCCUUCAUUGAUGUAUGUGAUAGCAAAUAAUUGUAUGUACAUAGUCGUUAAGUACUCGAUAUAUCAAUUUGCUCUGAAAGCAUUCCACUGUUAAUGAAUCACGCCAUGGUAUUUUUUCAACGUUUUUUUCUUUUGACAAUGAUAAAAUUGUAUAAUUAUUUGACAGCUUAAUUACUUGAGAUGCAUCAUUCAAGUUGAUGAAAAAUAUAUUUACUAUACCCGUAUUUAUUAUUUUAUCAAUAAAGAUAAUUUUCUGUAAA